AUGUCUUCACUUUCAUUCACUGGCCAUACUGUUGUCAUCACUGGCGCAGGCGGAGGCUUGGGGAAAGCGUAUUCGCUUUUUUAUGCAUCAAGGGGCGCGAAUGUGGUCGUGAAUGAUGUCAGCCAGGCAGCUGCGCAGAAGGUAGUGGAUGAAAUUACACAAGGUGGUGGAAAGGCUGUUGUGAAUACCUCCUCGGUUGCAGAUGGAGCUUCCGUAAUAAAGACAGCGCUCGAUGCAUUCGGGGGAGUGACCAUCCUUAUCAACAAUGCCGGUAUCCUUCGAGACAAGGGAUUCAGGAAUAUGACAGACCAGGAAUGGGAUCAAGUGCAGCUCGUCCACCUCAAAGGGUCUUUCUCAUGCAGCAAGGCCGUGUGGCCCAUAUUCUGCAACCAAGGUUUUGGUCGCAUUGUGAACACCGCGAGCGCUGCGGGGUUGUACGGCAACUUUGGACAGGCCAACUACAGUGCUGCGAAGAUGGGUCUUAUUGCUUUCACGAAAACGCUUGCACUCGAAGGUGCCAGGCAUGGCAUCAAGGCAAUUGUCAUUGCACCUAUGGCUGCAUCUGCAAUGACCGAGACCAUCAUGCCGCCAGAGAUGCUGGCAAAUUUGAAGCCAGAAUAUGUUGCGCCCUUUGUUGCAGCAGUCACGCACCCUGACGGCCCUGACGCAUCAGGUAGGAUAUUUGAGGUCGGCGCAGGCUUCGUAGCCGAAGUCCGCUGGGAACGCAGCAAAGGUGUUGUAUUCAAGACGGAUGUUUCACUCACCCCCUCCGCUAUUGGGGACAAAUGGGAUGAAAUCACGGAUUUCAGUGACCCUGAGCACCCGCAAAACCUCCCGGACUUUAACCCGCAGGCCAUUCUUGCACAAGGUGCUAAGCUGUCGCAAAAUACUCAUGCCUCUCCCGAAGUCCGUUUCGACGGCCAGACGGUAAUUGUCACAGGUUCUGGCGCUGGUCUCGGACGUGCGUAUGCGCUCAUGUACGCGCGACUUGGUGCAAAUGUUGUCGUCAAUGAUGUCAGCGCAAAGGCUGCGAGUGCGGUGGUUGACGAAAUCAAACAAUUGGGCGGGAAAGCAGCUGCCGCAGUUGUCUCCGCAGAAGAUGGAGAGAGUAUUGUCAAGACUGCUCUAGAUGCGUUUGGAGGCGUGCAUGCGCUUGUGGCGAAUGCGGGCGUCGUGCGUCAGAAUGGAUUUGCGGCGAUGAGUGAGAAGGAAUGGGACGAGGUCAUGGCCGUGCAUCUCCGCGCAACAUUCAAGUGCGCUCAAGCUUUGUGGCCAAUAUUCCAAAAGCAGAAGUUUGGACGAAUUGUGACGACAGGUUCUCAGGCAGGGAUCUACGGUAUGCCAGGACUUGCGAAUUAUGCUACGGCGAAAGCCGCUGUUGUGAGCCUGACUCGCACGCUCGCCAUUGAAGGCCAAAAAUACAACAUCUUGGCGAAUAUUGUUGUGCCUUCUGCGGGCGCGCUUGUGGGCUUGGGCCGCGCCCACCACAAUGUCGAUGCGAUCAAGGAGGAGUACAUUGCUCCUGUCGUUGGAUUUCUUACGAGCGAAGCAAACGAGGAGACGACAGGUGGGGUGUUCCAGAUUGCGGCGGGCUGGGUGGCGCAGCUCCGCUGGCAGCGAACGGGUGGACAUGGUUUCCCGGUGAACAAACCACUGACCCCGGAAGCCAUCAUUGCGAAGUGGAGUGCCAUCACAGACUUUUCUGAUGAUCGGGCAACCAAUCCUGCAAACACGCAAGAAGCGUUCAUGCAGAUUGCGGAGAACUUUGAAAACGAGGAAGAGGCCAGCAGCGAGGGCGACAGCCCUUAUGCAGACCCAGAAGAUUCUGAGCUCGUUGCCGAGGCGAAGAGGAAAGUUGAGGAGCCACUCGACUUUACGUACACAGAACGCGACGUGAUCCUGUACAACCUCGGCGUAGGUGCAACUGAGAAAGAGCUCCAGUGGACAUUCGAGGGCCACGAGGAGUUUGCUGCGCUGCCAACGUUCGGUGUUGUUCCACAAUUCAUGGCGAGCGGAGGUAUGUCAUUGGACUGGCUACCAAACUAUAAUCCGGCGAAGCUGCUCCAUGGUGAACAAUAUCUGUCGGUAAAGGGCCCGAUCCCCACUAGUGGGAAUUUUGUGAACGAGGCACGACUGAUGGAGGUCUUGGACAAAGGCAAAGCUGCCGCAGUUACGACCGUCGUAGAGACAAAAGAUUCAGAAACUGGAACGGUGAUCUUCGAGAACCAGUCGACAGUAUUCAUUCGCGGAGCAGGCGGAUUUGGAGGCAAGCGUGCAGGCAAAGACCGUGGAGCAGCAUCCGCGUCCAAUACACCGCCUCAGCGGCGACCAGACGUUGUCCUCGAGGAAAAGACCCUCCCAAUUCAGGCCGCGUUGUACCGGUUGAGCGGAGACUAUAAUCCAUUACAUAUUCUUCCAGAGUUUGCAGCAGUCGGGGGAUUUGACAAGCCGAUUUUGCACGGUCUUUGUUCUUUCGGGAUUUCUGGAAAGCAUGUAGUGAAGGCGUUCGGGCCCUUUAAGGAUAUUAAAGUACGAUUUGCCGGUGUUGUAUACCCUGGUGAAACAUUGGUCACCGAGAUGUGGAAGGAGGGAGAGAAAGUGGUCUUCACCACAAAAGUCAAGGAACGAGAGGCAGUCGUCCUCGCGGCUGCCGCAGCAACGCUGGUGGACUCAGGUGCGGCCAAAGCAAAGUUGUAA